CUAAUAUAAUAUUAUAAAUUCUACACCAAAAAGUAUGUCCAAAUAUUAAUCUAUUCAAACACUUCAGAUUAAUAGAACUUGUGCACAUUUAUGUCAUAAAAUUGUUUCACGCGUAACUAUUAAUCUGUACAAUUACAACAUUGUUAAAAUAUAUUACGCGAUCAGACAGACGUCUACGUUUUAUUUUGGUUAAGCUCUUUGUAUUUCGUGUAGCCAAGUUUAAAAGCGUCUUCUAUAAAUACAUUCAUUACGCCUAGUGCGUAGAAGAUUUGUCGUGUCUUAUUGAGAUUUAAUUACAUUGAUUUUUAAUGCUUAUAGUUUACUGAGUUUAAAUAACAAAGGUAGUAUUAUGGGGUUAGCAAUAUGAACUUCGUGUGCGACAUUACUCCUAAACAACUGGACAGAUCAAGAUGAAAUUUAGGGUUGAGUUAUCAGAAGUUUUAUAAUCAUUAAUUAUAACUCGUCGCUACAAGACGUAUAUUGUACGUUUUUGUGUUUGUAACGCAAUAAAUAACUAAUUGGGAAAAGGUGAUUUUUAAACAUAAGUCUUAAAUUUCGCUAGGCUAAACGUACCUAUAUUCGUAAGUUAUAUUUUUUUGUACCUUGUAGGUGAACUAUGUUUUCAAUUCGAUACAAACAACCAGAUACGCUACAGCGAAUGUCUCUCAUUCGUCUCGGGAAUUGGAUCGCUCAGCAUGCAGAACUACAUAUGGCUUUAGUAACUAAUCAAGGUCAACAUAAUCCUCAAGAAGCUCAAGCCUCUUUAGCACAUAAGGUCGAUCACAUUCGAAAAUACUUAGAUUUUCAUGUACCCUGGAUGUUACACGAUCAACUUGUUAAUGAAACAAUAAAAUCUCUUGAUGAACUCUUAGAAAAAACUAAAAAUUCUAUGGGAUUUCGAACAUCAAUGUCAAAAUAUGUUGCUAAAAUGAAUGUUAUUGUUAAAAUGACGGAGACCUUAUUCACAAAAAACUUUACGUACGUCUCGAUCGACGUCAUACCGAAAAUGAUACGAUCUAUAUUUUAUACAAAACUAUACAUGCUAACAGGUUUAGUAUACCUAAAUUUAGGUUCAUUAUCAGGAGGAUGGAAAACAGCAGACAUGGAAGCAUCUAUAAUAAAAUCAUUAAAGGAAUUACACGCGCUAAAGUAUCUUUAUAUUAAUUAUGACUGCACUGACAAAAUAUUAAAAUGUAUUGUAGAGAGCUGCACAAAACUAGUGAAAUUAGAUGUUUCUUGUUCAAAAUGUAUAACAAAUGAAAGUAUAGAUAUAAUAUGUAAAUUGAAGAGGUUAAAAAGUAUACAGUUGUAUCAGACAUUUGUUACCUGGGAAGGUUUUGUAAACCUACUUAUUAAUUGCAAAUCUUUGGAAGAUAUUGGAAGAUGUGACGAAAUUGGAAGAGUUUUGGAAUUUAUACAUAAAAAUUGCCCAGAAUCAUUGCCAUUUAAUUUAAAAAUAUUUGUAAGUCGAUAUGCUAACAGUAAACAUCUACAACUAGCUGUUGAUACAUGCCCUAACAUUUGUAAUAUGACAGUAUUUCAUAACACAUUGCAAAGUGAUUUAUUAGUGAUUAUUGGAUUGAAAAACCUCUCCAAACUCAAGUUAUUAUCUUGCGAUUUUUAUGCAGAUCAAAUAAAACAAGUAUUACAAGUAAAGGGUUGCAAUUUGUCUUAUUUACAUUUGGAACAUGUGGAUCAAAUAGACUUGAAUGCCUUGAUGUACAUAAGUCAAAUGUGCCCACUAUUACAUACUUUAACAUUUUAUAACUGUUCACUUAUUCAACAUACAUCUUUGUAUACCAAAAAGUUAGAGAUUUUACCAUUUAGGAAUUUAAGAAAACUUACUUGUGUAUCUGGAUUUUCCGAUGAGCAGUUAUUAUUUUUACUAUGUAAUUGUAUUAAUAUUGAGUUUAUUCAAAUAGGCACAGCUGUUCAGUUGACUGAUAAUUUUAUAAUGAUGUUGUUUGAAAAAAAUCCUUUAAUUUAUCUCAAAGAACUAAGAAUAAUGCAAUCAGAUUUUCUUACCAUUGCAUCAAUAGAACAAAUUAUAAAAAAUUGCAUAAGUUUGGAAAUUUUGGUAGAAUUAGAAAGCUGGUCAAUGUUGUCAGAAAGUGACAGAGAUUAUAUAAAAAAUUAUAUAAAAGUCAAUAACUACAACAUUGAUACUUCACCCACAAGUUCACCCAUAAGAAGAUAUGAUAUCUAA